AUGUCUACCUUGGUAUCAUCGAAUAUACCUCCACCACAAUUCAGUCAUGACUCUAAUACUACUAUAAAUAAAGAAGCUAGUAAUAAUACUAAAAGUGCGGAUAUAGUUAAUGAGACCACAAAUGGUAUUCCUCCCGAAGCCACUCAUCCUGCAAAUAACAUCUCUAACAAUACUGAUAAUGCAGUCCCCAGAUCAUUACCACCAAGCUUUUCAAGAAGAGUAUCCUUUAAUAAUUUGCAUCCAGAAUAUCUUUUAGAAUGUCCUGCCAAUAGUUAUGUGCCCACCAUAGCGAAUAGUUUAAAUCCAAAUCAGUCUGCUAUAAAUUCAGCCAAUGUCUCAGCUUCUUUAAAUCAACAAUCAGGACAAGCUUCUACAGAUUUCGGGUAUGGUUCGACCAUUUACAAUAAUGAUCUUGCUAAAACUUACUCGCACUAUACUCCAUACCGGAAAAAGCUUAGAUUACCUGACCCACCAUCUAAGUCAAUACUUAAGAAUAAAGUUUCACCUCAACAACUAGAAUUUAAUAUUACUGGAAAAACUAUUGACUAUCAUGAGGAUUUGGAUUUACUUAAUGAUGCUUUGGAUUUGAAUCCAAAUUCCGAACCAAGAUCAAGAAGAAAGUCUUAUUCUGAUAUGACCAAUGAAGAACUAAUGGCUUUAGAUCCUCAAUUUCAAACUACAAGACCCAAAACCAAUGUGGAUCAAUUUAAAUUCGAUAAUCAAAAGACAUAUUAUCUCACUUCUUCAAAGCGUACAUCUAUAUCAGGACAAGGUUCUGGUGCAUCAUCUAAACUUACGUAUCCUUCUUCAAAUGAAAAUAAUUAUAAGUCUAUUUCCAUAACCGUCAAACAUGAUGAAUAUGAUACUGUUUCAUUUGGAAGAACUCUCUUAACGGUUAUUUCAGGAAGAAAGCAUACUUGGAACUCUCUUGAUUGGUUAUUCCUCAUUAAUGAAUAUCAUAAUCAAAAUCAUACAUUUUUAAUUGAUGGUGAUUUUCUUAUCAUUUCUUCCUUGAUUACUCAAAAAUUCAUUAAGGAAUAUAACCCAAGACAUCAUAAACGUAAAUCAAUCGAUGACUAUCUUUACGCGAAGGGUGAGACCUUAAUACAUUAUUUAAUUAAUGCAUUAUUUGAAAGGUUCAAUUUGAAAUUGAAAAUCACCAUUGAGUUUGUCCUCGAAUAUAGUGAUGAAGAUUCUAGCGGCCCAUUGAUAUCUACACCAAAUUCGAAUAAUUCAUGGGGAAAUAAGUAUAUGCUUCAACAUUUAUUUAAACAGUAUCAUCCAAAUAUAAUUCUUAUCGGAAAUAAAUCCUCCAAUUUGAAUUUCAAGUAUCCAAUAAAGAUCAAGAAACAGUUUGAGAAGGAUGAGUACCUUAUCAAACUCGCAAGUUAUAUUGUAAAAUAUUCGACUAUACCCGUAAUUCUAGUAGGGAAUAAUAAUCAUGAACAUCACUUCCAAAACCCAAAUGCAAUAAGUUCCACGUCUGCUACUGCUUCUGGAUUAAAAUUUGUUGAUUCUGUAAUCUCACCGACAUCCUCAGCCAAACAGACUCCAAUUAUAACGCUCACCAAUGGCUCUGAAGAUUUCAAAUUAACAAAAUUUAGAUCGAACUCAUCUUCUUCAUCAAUUGAAUCAGUAGAAUCAUGGGAUCCAUCCCGAGCAAACAAGCAAGACAGCCAAAAUCCUAAGUCUAUAGCACUGGGUACUCUUGGUGUUCGUACUAAUUCAACUACAAAUUCUACAUCAUCAGCUGCGCCAUCUUCGACAUCUUCAUAUAGAGGUUUUCUUAAGAAACUUGAAGAUCUUGAUAGAAGCACUGUUAAUACUGAUCCAUACAAGUUCCAAGACCUUAUUUCGCUCAUUUCAGAUCAAUCACUUACGGAUUGUAAAGAAUAUCUUGAAGCAUUAAACUCAAAAGAUGAUAAUCUAAAGAUCAACCCAAAGAUCCAUUGGAUUUAUCGUGCUCAAAGUGGAAUGUCUAGUGUAGGAGGAAGCGGACGUGAUGGAUCACUCUAUUCUAUUGGUAGUAACGGAUCUAGAGAAGAAGCAUUAGCAAUGCCACUGAUAUAUAAAGUCAAAUCGUUAAUCAGUUAUAAUGAAGAGGAUGAACAGAAGAAUAAAGAAUUCCAAAAAGAGUUAAAGAAGAAGAGAUCUGGAUCAAGUGUCGGUGGAGUAUCUGGCAGCUCUAGUAGUGGACUUAAAACUUCUAAAUCAAUUGAUAAUAGUGCCAAUUCUUCAGACUCUGAUAUAACAGCUGGUGAUAAGGGUAAAAAGAAAUCUAUUUGGAAAAAGUUUGGGUUUAGAAAAUAA